AUGUCAAGCAACAUUUCUGAAUGUCAUCUCUAUGAAGAAAUGGAACCCUUUACCUAUUUUUACUACUUGAUUUUCCUUAUGGGAAUUAUUGGAAGCUGUUUUGCACUGUGGGCAUUCACACAGAAGGACCAGAAACAGAAGUGCAUGAGCAUCUACUUAAUCAACCUCCUCACUGCAGAUUUCCUGCUGACUUUGACACUGCCAGUGAAGAUUAUUGUUGACCUAGGAAUCGCAUCCUGGAGUCUGAGAAUAUUCCACUGCCAAGUCACGGCCUGCUUCAUCUACCUGAACAUGUAUCUGUCAAUCGUAUUUCUGGGAUUCGUGAGCAUGGACCGCUGCCUGCAGCUGAUGCACAGCUCCAAGACGUACCGCGUGCAGGAGCCGGGCUUCGCCAAGACGCUGUGCGCGGUGGUGUGGGCCACGCUCCUGCUCAUCACCGUGCCCAACAUGGCCAUUCCCAUCCGGCGCGUCGAGGAGCGCCCGGGCGUGGGCUGCAUCGACCUCAAAACCAAAUUCGGGAGGGACUGGCACGUGUUCACCAACUUCAUCUGCACGGCCAUCUUCCUGAACUCCUCGGCGGUGCUGCUGGUGUCCAACUGCGUGGCGGCGCGGCAGCUGCGGCGGCACGGGCGGAGCGGGGAGCGCGGCGGGCGCGCGCGGCGGGCGCUGGCGCACGUGCUGCUGGUGACCGCGGCCUACCUGCUGUGCUUCGUGCCCUACCACGCCGUGCGCAUCCCCUACGCGCUGAGCCAGGCCCGCGCCGGCGCCGCCUGCCCCCUGCGCCGGGCCCUCUUCAAGGCCAAGGAGGCCACGCUGCUCCUCGCCGUCUGCAACCUCUGCCUCGACCCCCUGCUCUACUACCACCUGUCCGAGGCCUUCCGGCUGAAAUUCACCGCGGCCUUCGCGGCCCCCAAGGAGACAAAGGCGCUCACGGCCACGGAGACGGCGCAGCAGACCCCCAGGGAUGCCUUCACCAACAGCCCAAAGAACAGUGCUGACCCACCAGGCAUCAGCAACGCUUGA